CAUGGGAUUUGAAUCGGUGAGUAAGGGGUAAGGGGAGGAGAGAAACUCUCAUCUAACGGGAUAACUUAUCUGCUCGGUCACAAAAGUUUUGAUUUUGGACGAAUUCUCUCACCACCUUAUCUCCAAUCAAAAUCCAGCAGCCCUCUACUUCCCUCAUCAUUGCAUUGCAUUAGAUAUUCCUUAGCAAGAGAGUUUUGAUACCGUACACAGAAGCGGCCGCAGACCACAGUCACAGGGAAAAUGGGGACCCUUCUCAGGGUUGAGUGCUUCUCCUUCCCAAGAACUCUCCCAAUCCGUAAUCGUUUACUUCCCAAUCCAUCUGUCUCAGCCCUAAGAACAAGCCCACCUCCUGUGAGUGACCUUGCAGAAGAGGACGUUCUGCAGGCGUUCUUUAAGGAAAGGCAGUUGAAUGGAGACCUUGUAUCAAAAGUUUCUGAUGUGUUUUGGCAGAAGGAAUUUACGAAAUCUGUUGUUGAUGCUGAUGAUGCUGGCCGAUUUGCUGACACUCCUCAACAAGCAGAGCAGGUACAGGACAACAAAGCUCUUUCAUGCUUUCUUCACUGUAAUUUAAUGAAUCAAGCUGCUUAAGAUUAGUAAAAAUUCCAAAUUUGUAGUU